AUCACUGUGUCCGCCACCUUGGCCCAGUUUGAAUGUGACAAAGAGAGGGAGACCAGACAAGCCAAGAACCCGGCCGGCCAUGCCGAGGUCUUCUUCCUCCUCCUCCGGCUCCGCGCCCCGCAUCCUCGGCAGGGCCAUGGCCAUCCUCACCCUGCCGCUCACCCCGCUCUCCAAGGCCAGGGCGGCGAGGACCCUGCUCCUCUUGAAGAGGCGCCGCGCGCGCCGCCUGCGCCACUACAACUACGCCUACGUGGGCGAGUACCAGUUCUCCCCGUCCGGCUCCCCGCUGCUCCUGCCCCGCCCGCCCGGCGUCUCCGCGUGGCGCGCCAGGCGGCGGAGCCGGGCCAGGACGGUCCUCGCCGCGCUGCUCUGCGGCGGCGGGUGCGGCUUCGGCGGCUUCGACGGGGACGGCGGGAUCGACGUCGCCGUGCUCGACGGCCUGCUGCCCCUGCCCCAGGCUCUGCAGGAGGACGAGCGAGCGGCUGACGACGGCGCGUCGUACGGGUACGGCGAGGAGGAGGUGUCCGACGGCGAGGAGGGGGUGGAGGUGGCGGAGGAGUUCGAGGGGGACGAGGAGGUGGACGGCCGCGCCGAGCGGUUCAUCGAGAGGUUCUACGAGGAGAUGAGGCUGCAGCAGAGGCGCCUCCUCUAGCUCUAGGCCGUGGUGCCGGAUCCAUGGACGACUCUGUCUGCUCUGCAUUUCGCCUUCGUCUUCAUUGGUAGAAUUGUCGCUAGCUAUCUUGGCUGCAGUUCGGUGGUUACAGUGUGUUCAUUAUUGCUUCCUCGCACAGCGUUGUUGUCCAAGUAGUAAGUAUCAUGUUCGCUCAUGUGUUUGAAUUUACCCAAAAUUCCGUCUUGUUGUGGUGUUGAUAAAUGCUGUCCGAUUUCAAAUCUGUAUUUGGUGCUAGUA